UUACCGUUCUUUCUUUGUACCACUUAACAUCAGCGUACCAUGUUAUCCAACCGCCAACCGUCCUACAGUAACAUUGGGUGGGACCCUCCAGAUCUUUCACCCCAGACCGCGGAGAAAAAGGCCCAAAUAGGUCUGAAAAGCUCCAAAUGCCCGGUCAUCAUCGCAGUUUCUCUCUGUUCCGUGGUUAACGCCGCUGUGCUGUCGGCUGGGGUCUGUCUGUGGGUGGAGUUUCAGCGGGAAGUCGACAGUCUUCAACAGUCGUACACGAAGCUACAGGAGCGACAGUACCAGCAUGAAGGCUUGAACGAGACGGCACUGCAACUGGCAGUGGAAAGACGCCUGACUGCUCUCCGUGAGCAGGAGGAAGGGACCAUAUGGCUUCCAACAGACAGAGAUACUCCGUUCCGAAACGUGAGCCGGAGAACCCACAAACCAACAGCACAUCUCACGGGCAGUCUCCAGGAUAACUCUCUAGCGGACGACAGAAAAGGCGGCCUCAGCAAGAUCAGGUCCUGGGAGACGAGACAGGGGCUGGCGACGCUCGCUAACGGGAUGAGACACAAGAGAGGACACCUCAUCAUCCCUACUGACGGUCUCUACUUCAUCUACUCACAACUCUACUACCGCUUCUUAAAUCCGCCAAAAACAGAGAGCAAAACCUACCAACUCAUUCACUACACUUACAAACAAAACUCCUACCCCAAACCGCUUCAGAUUAUGAAAAGCGCGAGAAACACAUGUUGGUCUAAGAAUGUAGAAUUUGGGUUGUAUACGUCCUAUCAGGGAGGGGUGUUCAGGCUCCAAAAGGGGGACAGGAUUUGGGUGGCGGUUUCAAACAUGUCCAUGGUGUGUUUGGAGGAAACUUCGAGUUACUUUGGCGCGUUCAUGAUAUAGAAAGGCACAGACCAAAAUCCA